UUGUAACGUUUCCCUAACUUUCUGCGAAAGUGUUGUGUUUUGUGAACAAUCUGAGUCAAGGCUGCACGCACAGUAGGUGGCGGUAAUGCACACACAAGGUUGCUUGCCAACCGCCAUGAAAAUUAGAAGAAGAAGAAGAAGAAGGAGAAGAAGAAGAAGACUACACGCAUGCACAAUUGAAGCUGCUCCGUGAGACAAAGAAGGACGAAGGCUAACUACUUCCAGAAUCCCGAUUUUAAAGCAAUUUGUUGCGCCAUCCAUUUAUCACAAGUUGGCUGUUAUAAAGUUUCCAAACUGACCAAAGACCAACGAAUGACUUCUAAAGAAGGGUGGAUUUAUUUGUAGUUUAGUUAAACAAUAAUUUGCCCCGUCAGUGAUAUGGUUUGAAUGCUGCCUGAACGUUCCAAAUUUGGCAGACACGGUGAGGACAAUGCUGAGGAAAAUUGCCACAACAAAGUCCUGGAGCAGCUUGGCCUCCGUGGAAAGUCAGGGAAAGUGGCGUUUGAGGACUUGCCCCUUUACAGAAUAAUAAAUAAGGCAUGCAGGGGUGUUUACAAGCAGAUGACCACAGCUGAAGUGGAUUGUGAGCUUGGAGAGGUCCUGAAACUGGCCACUUUUCGAAAGGGAGGUUCAAAAUUUGAGGAGAAGAGGAGGAAUUAAGAGGGAGGACAAAAAAGGAAAAAGAAACAAGCAAAAAAACAGAGUGAGAUGAGAGAUGGCUCCUUCUUUUGUGGUCGUUGAGUUCCUUGGUGAACGUUCAGUCGCUGUUGUCCCAACCAUAUGGACAGAAGAUGAUGGAAAGAAUACCUUCUGCUAUUGGCCAAGGCCAAAUCCUACCCACUCCACAAUCCGGAAAGCUGAGAUUCCUGACAAACAAUUCUGGGAGAGGCUGCCAAUUCGGGUUUUCAGGAAAACAUUGACUGCGAGUACCAGACCACUUCAGCCAGUACCAGCCAAUACCAGACCACUCCAAGGCAUCCAGGCCGACCUCACAGCCCAGCGAGAAUUGCAGCACUUCCAGGCUCAGUCCAGACAGGAAUGCAUCCAGCUCAAGCCAGUACCAGACCGCUCAAGCCAGUACCAGACCACUCCAGCCAGUACGAGUCAGUACCAGACCGCUCCAAGAACCAGCAGGAAUGCCCUUGACAGUGAACUUUUCCAGUUGAACAUGAAAGUUCAAAAUAUACUUGAGAACCAGGGAGAAAUUAUGCACAUGCUGAGAGGGCUGGCAGCACAGUCUGUGGGGCCAGAAUCUGUGGAUGUUCAAGAUCUCAUUGAUCAGCCUUUCGAGACUCUUGAGCAGCUGAAGGCCUUCUGUGAACGGCUCGACACUGAUCUUCUGCUCAGAAAGCAGCUGGUGAAAGCUCUUACUGCUCUUGGUGGGCAGAAUUUGGCAGACACGGUGAGGACAAUGCUGAGGAAAAUUGCCACAAACAAAGUCCUGGAGCAGCUUGGCCUCCGUGGAAAGUCAGGAAAAGUGGCGUUUGAGAACUUGCCCCUUUACAGAAUAAUAAAUAAGGCAUGCAGGGGUGUUUACAAGCAGACGACCACAGCUGAAGUGGAUUGUGAGCUUGGAGAGGUCCUGAAACUGGCCACUUUUCGAAAGGGAGGUUCAAAAUUUGAGAGGAGGAAUUAAGAGGGAGGACAAAAAAGGAAAAAGAAACAAGCAAACGAACAGAGUGAGAUGAGAGGAUUUGGGUUUCCCUGCUUGGGCUGCUGCCCCCGCGACCCGACCUCGGAUAAGCGGAAGAAGAUGGAUGGAUGGAUUUACUUCCAGGAAGAGAACCAAGAAGGGGCAGGAUACACUGACGCGCACGACCAAGACCACUGCAUUCCAUUCCAUUUAUAAAUGAUAAAUGAUAAAUGGGUUAUAUGAGAUAGGCUCCAGCGCCCCCCGCGACCCCGAAGGGAAUAAGCGGUAGAAAAUGGAUGGAUGGAUGGAUGUCAAAGCGCUUUGAGUACCUUGAAGGUAGAAAAGCGCUAUACAAGUAUAU